AUGUAUGUGAAAUGGUUUGAUACAGUAAUGUUUUACUAUGUGAUUUUAGUGAAUGUCACUUUUUGUCAUUUUCAAAUUUCCCGCCAGUUACGUCUCCCGUACGUCCCGACGCUCGCAGGGGACGGAACCCAGAUGACAGAUGCCGGCAUCCGCCGGAUUACAUUGCCGUGGACACUGCAGGAGGGACAUCGUGGGAGCGCAGGACAUGGCAAGUGAAGAACAGAUGCCGGAGCAACGCCGCAUGGUAUUCCGAGUGUAGCUCGGGGUUACCGCUUUUGCUACACUCGGGAAUACCGUCAGGGAGGUUA